AUGGAACAGGUCUUGAACGUUCAUGACACUCGAAAACUCGACCAACUUAUCAGCCAGGUUAGUGGUAAGCCCUCUACACUGAGUGACUCAGUUCGCGACGUGAAUGACGGCUUUACUACUUGAAGAAGAAGAAGGUGGGCUUUACUACUGACAACUCGGCCAAAGUCGAGCGCUGGCGUGAGCACUUCGGGCACCAUCUCAACUUCGAGAUCCAAUCCAACCCGUCCUUGCUCUCCUCUGCAGCCGAGGUUCUUCCCUCUCCAACCUAUGCAGUGUCAUGCGAUCCCCCUUCUGAAGAAGACGUCGCCGAUGUCAUUCGAAAGCUACGCAACAACAAGGCACCCGGAGAGGAUGCUAUACCCGCCGAAAUCUACAAGUCCUGUGUCGACACUCUGGCUCACAGGCUCCAUGAGGUGAUUGAACAAGCGUGGAGAAACGAGGUGGCUCCUGGUGACUGGGGUUUAGGCAUCCUUGUACCUAUCCUCAAGAAGGGAGGUAAGAGGAGAUGCGAGAACUGCCGCGACAUAAGCCUCAUAGACGUUGCUGCGAAGAGCUUUGCUAUUAUCCUACUCAAGCGAUUCCAGACUGUGCGUGACUCUAGGACGAGGCCCAACCAGGCCGAAUUUCGUGCUGGUCGUAGAUGCGCCGACCAGGUAUUCACACUAAGGCCCACUCUCAAAUUUCGCCAUAACUACCAGCAACCGACGGCCGUCUGCUUUGUUGACUUUGUCGCCGCCUUCGAUUCCGUCCAUCGUGGCGGAUAA